UUAAACCCAUUUAGGGUAGGGGUUAGAGGCUUAUUAAUUGGCAAUGCAUAUACAUAUGGGAUCAGCUACAGGUCCUCAUGAUGAUGACUGCUUGCCCAGAACAUCACAAAAAGACUACUCGCCCAAAUCUCGUCGUGGUCAAUUGCUAAACGCGUGGAAAAGUACAUUAACAUACCAAAGGUUACCUAAAGAGCCUCUCAACCUCUCAAUUCUCAAAUUGGAUGGCUCAUGCUUUGGGGUGCAAGUUGGGAGGAAGGCAACAAUAGCGGAACUGAAAGAGGCGGUGGAAGAGGUUUUUACUGGUCAGUUUACGCCGGAUGGAGAAAUUUCAUGGUCUCAUGUAUGGGGUCAUUUUUGCUUAAGCUACCAAGGCCAGAAACUAGUUGAUGACAAAGCAUAUAUCCGGCUAUUUGGAAUCAAGGAUGGGGUUCAGCUUUGUUUUUGCCCGGUAUCUUUCAAUUAACCGUGGCCAAGACAAGAGACCAAUAAAGCAUAGAACUGCUGCUUAUCAACAUUCAACAGCUUGUGGACUAGUGGUUGAAAUGAUUAGCACAUUAAUGCUAGAAGGCUUGUUGAUGGAUCUUGCUGAAUCCUUUACCUAGGGCUACCGAUGAUGAUGGACUGAAAGCAAUCACUUUGACUGUUAGUGUUGGCGCAUAUGUGUUUGGAUUAACUUUUUGUUGAAAAGCUUAUUCGCUGAAAAUUGAUAAAAGUACAGUUGUAUAUAAAAAAG